AUCUCAGAGCCUCCUGCGGCUUCCCCCUCCUCUCUUCCGCUCCUCCCCAUCUCCGCCUUCUUCUUCUUCCUCCUGUGAUCAACCCUGGGUUCCAUCUUCUCCUCUUGCUCCACUUGCAGAGCAGGUACCAAGGCUAUGAUCUUAUUUUGCUUCUGUUCAGUUUAUUCGGCCCAAUUCGUAGACGAAAAUGAACUAGUUAGGAUCACUUUGGAUGAUCUCGUCGUAAGCAGUGAGAGAGACUAACCUCUAGUGUCUUGGUUGUUCGAUGGCUUCUCGUUCUCUUUUCUCUUCGAAGAUAUUUUUCUGACAUAAAAAGGAUUUCUCUUUUGUUCUUCAUAAGCAAACAUACAGAAUAUUCCGUCAUUGAUUCCUGUUUGCUUUUUGAGUUUUCUGGGUUCUACCUUUUGGGGAAUCCCUACAUCUUCGGAGGCUGUGGAUUCCCAAUUGUCUCUGCCUUUCCCUGUCACACUGGCGAAGGGAGAUUGGAACUCUUUCUGCUCGUCUUAAGGAACUGUCGCACAACAUACAUCAAACUUCGAGUGAUUAACUUCGACCAGAGUUGCAGAGCUUUCACGAUUGCUUUGUUCUACUACAGCUACUGUUUGCGGUCGUGUGCACUGCUAAGAAGGUGGGAAGCAGAGGAGAAGUGCUGCCACAAUGGCCGGAGACCAGCUCCAAGUGCUCAACGCCCUUGACCUAGCCAAGACGCAAUGGUACCACUUCACGGCCAUCGUCAUCGCUGGCAUGGGCUUCUUCACCGACGCCUACGACCUGUUCUGCAUCUCCCUUGUCUCCAAGCUCCUUGGCCGCAUCUACUAUUUCGACCGCGACUCGCCCACCCCCGGCACGCUCCCGCCCAAAGUGUCUGCGGCUGUCAAUGGCGUGGCCUUCUGCGGCACCCUCUCCGGCCAGCUUUUCUUCGGGUGGCUUGGCGACAAGCUCGGUCGCAAAAAAGUCUACGGCAUGACUCUCAUGCUCAUGGUCAUUUGCUCCGUCGCUUCCGGCCUCUCCUUCGGCCACGACCCUAAUGGCGUCAUAGCCACACUCUGCUUCUUCCGCUUUUGGCUGGGCUUCGGCAUCGGCGGCGACUACCCGCUCUCCGCCACCAUCAUGUCGGAGUAUGCCAACAAGAGGACCCGCGGAGCCUUCAUCGCUGCCGUCUUCGCCAUGCAGGGCUUCGGCAUCCUCACCGGCGGCAUCGUCGCCCUCAUUGUCUCCGCCGCCUUCAAGAGCCGCUUUGACGCGCCGGCCUACCAGUUCGACCGGGAAGGCUCCACCGUAUCGCAGGCCGAUUACAUCUGGCGCAUAAUUCUCAUGCUGGGAGCCCUCCCGGCCGCCCUAACCUACUACUGGCGGAUGAAGAUGCCAGAGACCGCGCGAUACACCGCCCUGGUAGCCAAGAACGCGAAGAAGGCGGCCGCCGACAUGUCCAAGGUCCUCCAGGUGGAUAUCGUCGAGGAGCAGACCAAGGUGGAGCAGCUGACCAUGAAGGAGGCCAACAGCUUCGGCCUCUUCUCCAGGGAGUUCGCUCGCCGCCACGGUCUCCACCUCGUCGGCACCACCACCACGUGGUUCCUCCUCGACAUCGCCUUCUACAGCCAGAACCUGUUCCAGAAGGACAUCUUCACCGCCAUCGGUUGGAUUCCGAAGGCGGCCACCAUGAACGCCAUCGAGGAAGUGUUCAGGAUCGCCCGGGCGCAGACCCUCAUCGCGCUCUGCGGCACCGUACCGGGCUACUGGUUCACCGUGGCCUUGAUCGACACCAUAGGCCGGUUCACCAUCCAACUCAUGGGCUUCUUCUUCAUGACCGUCUUCAUGCUCGGCCUCGCCAUCCCCUACAACCACUGGACCACUCAUCACAUCGGCUUCGUCAUCAUGUACGGCUUCACCUUCUUCUUCGCCAACUUCGGGCCCAACAGCACCACCUUCAUCGUGCCGGCGGAGAUCUUCCCCGCGCGGCUGCGGUCCACAUGCCACGGCAUCUCGGCGGCCGCGGGCAAGGCCGGGGCCAUCGUGGGCGCCUUCGGGUUCCUGUACGCGGCACAGAACAGCACGGACCCGACGAAGAGGGACAAGGGCUACCCGGCCGGAAUCGGCGUCCGCAACGCGCUCUUCGUGCUCGCGGCGUGCAAUUUUUUGGGCGUGAUCUUUACCUUCCUAGUGCCGGAAUCGAAGGGGAGGUCGCUCGAGGAAAUGUCGGGCGAGAACGAAGACGAGGAACAGAUGGAAUCCGCAGCCCCUCACAACAGGACGAUGCCUGCUUAAUAUUAUUAUUAUUAUACAUCCCCUCCCUCAUUGGCUAGUAAUAUCAUAUUGAUAUGUCUGUAAUUCUCUCUAUUCCCUCCAAACUCCUCCGACGCAGCUCUUCCCGGUGGAAGAAGAGACGGUGUCGCAGGUAAAUGUGUGGAAGUGCUCUUUGGCAUCAAGUUUACGCUCCUCCGUUCAUGCUUGAAU